CUGAAGUCCUAGAGCCUGCCGAGCAUCAGAGUGCCUACUAGUCCCCGCUGUCCCAUACAGGCCAUAGUCGAGGAGCCGCUGUCUAGAGCCCAAGCCUCGCCAGCAUGAGAGUCCUGCGGGCGUGCCUGCUCCUCUGUGUCCUGGUCGUGAGCGACUCCAAAGGCAGCCAUGAACUUCAUCAAGAGUCUGGUGCAUCGAACUGUGGCUGUCUGAAUGGAGGAAAAUGUGUGUCCUACAAGUACUUCUCCAACAUUCAGCGAUGCAGCUGCCCAAAGAAAUUCCAAGGGGAGCACUGUGAGAUAGACACAUCGCAAACCUGCUUUGAGGGGAACGGUCACUCUUACAGAGGGAAGGCCAAUACCAACACUGGAGGCCGGCCCUGCCUGCCCUGGAACUCUGCCACUGUCCUUCUGAACACGUACCAUGCCCACAGACCUGACGCCCUGCAGCUGGGCCUGGGGAAACACAAUUACUGCAGGAACCCAGACAAUCAGAGAAGACCCUGGUGCUACGUGCAGGUUGGCCUGAAGCAGCUUGUCCAAGAGUGCAUGGUGCCCAACUGCUCUGGUGGUGAGAGUCACCGGCCUGCUUAUGAUGGAAAAAAUCCCUUCUCUACUCCGGAAAAAGUAGAGUUUCAGUGUGGCCAGAAGGCUCUGAGGCCCCGCUUUAAGAUUGUUGGGGGAAAAAGCACCACCAUCGAGAACCAGCCUUGGUUUGCAGCCAUCUAUAGAAGGCAUCGUGGAGGCUCUGUCACCUAUGUGUGUGGUGGCAGCCUCAUCAGUCCCUGCUGGGUGGUCAGCGCCACCCACUGCUUCAUCAAUUACCAACAAAAGGAAGACUACAUUGUCUACCUGGGUCGGCAAACCCUUCACUCCAGCACUCGUGGGGAGAUGGAAUUUGAGGUGGAAAAGCUCAUCUUGCAUGAGGACUACAGUGCUGACAGCCUUGCUCACCACAAUGAUAUUGCCUUGCUGAAGAUCCGUACCGACAAGGGCCAGUGUGCACAGCCAUCCCGCUCCAUACAGACCAUCUGCCUGCCCCCAGUGAAUGGCGAUGCCCAUUUUGGCGCAAGCUGUGAAAUUGUCGGCUUUGGAAAAGAAGAUCCCUCUGACUACCUCUAUCCAGAGCAGCUGAAAAUGACUGUUGUGAAGCUAGUUUCCCACCGGGAGUGUCAGCAGCCCCAUUACUACGGCAGCGAAGUCACCACCAAAAUGCUGUGUGCUGCUGACCCACAGUGGAAAACGGAUUCCUGCCAGGGAGACUCCGGGGGGCCACUGGUCUGCUCCACCCAAGGCCGCCUGACUCUGACUGGGAUUGUGAGCUGGGGCCGUGAAUGUGCCAUGAAGGACAAACCCGGCGUCUACACAAGGGUCUCACACUUCCUGACCUGGAUCCACACUCAUGUUGGGGGAGAGAAUGGCCUAGCCCACUGAGGGCCCCCAGAGAACCAAGGGAAGAGAGGGGCACCACCCAUUCCCAUGCUGACUGUCAAGUUUUUGCAGUAAGGCCAUCUGCACAGCUGUAUAUAAGGAAGAGACUGAGGAAGAUGGGCUCUGCAGAGAUGGUUUGCUUGGGCUGCCCACCAGGGUGAGCGACUGUCGCUUUACUCUCAGAUACAAGUCUGGGUGCUGGGCACCCAGAUUCCCCCCUGGCCAGGAUGGAAGGGUGGUCCUGAACCAGGAUGGUAUUAUCGUUGUAUGGACUGAAGCCACCUGGAGUGAAACAUGGCAUCUUCCGUGCAUAGGUGAGGAGAGCCUGCUCCCCUGAAGUGGGCCAUUCACGAGGCCCACUGUUGGGAAAUGAAGAAUUUCCCAAUUAGGAAGUGUGACAGAACUGAGGUCUCUUGAGAGAGCUUGGCCAAUGCAGGAACAGUGGUUUGGGGAGUAGAAACACUAAUGAUUUGAGGGAAGGGCUCUGACAUUCCAUGAAUGUAUCAGGAAAUGUUAUAUGCGUGUGUGUGUUUGCACACUUGUUCACAGGCUGUGUCAGUGUAAGAGCCGGUGUUCUGUGCCUGACAGCAAGUCUAGAUAUUUCCCCAAAUUGUGUAGACUGUGAUGUCACAUAGAAUGGUCGGUUUCAAGACGUCGUGGGUCACUCCUAGGGCCUCUUGGGUCUCCUAUGUGAUACAUCUAAAUGUAUCAUCCUGGGGCACUGACUGUGACCAGCACUCAAUUUCCAGUAUCACUUUCACGUAGAUGUAUGUUUCUUGGCCAGUUACCCUUUCUGACCUUCCAGCCAAGUUCAUCCAAUCCUCACUGAGUGAGGUGAGGACCACUCCUGUACACUGAGUAUUUAAUAAUUAUGUUCUACUAUUUUUAUUUAUAUCUAUUUUUAUAAUUUUGAAUAAAGAUGAUCAAUAAAACGUGAUUUUUCUG